CAUAGCCGUCCAUUGCCAACCAGCGCUAUUUGAAUGUACAGCUACGUUAACGACAUGACCGAUCAAAGCGCAAUUCAGCCCCUGUUUGCUCCCACGACUGACGGAUGUACCUGACGGGUCCAAAUGGCUCAUGGUCCUCCGUGCCCUGAAUGACGACCUGUUUCGCCCGACUUCUUAUGACCGACGGAGAGUGCGAUGCGUACAGCCUUCCUGAAUGUCCAUCUCGUCACUACACCGUUGCUUGUGAUGCCCCUGUUUGCACGCAUACGCCAUCGUGCGAUGCGAAGAGUCCUAUGGACUCUGCUUCCAGCUACCUGUCUCUUCUCCUUCAUCCUCUACAUUACUAUUCGCAGACCUUCCGAUCGCUGCUCUCCCUACCAACGUGAAGUCUCCCACCCAGUACAAUGGGACGCCAGCGAUGUAGCCGCGGCCGUGUCAAAGAAGGGAAAUGGACAGCACGCUGCCGAAGGACCAGGCAGUGAUGUGGCCAAGAUGGGAGCCGUCAAAUCUGCCUUUCUCACCAACUAUGGCAACUACUCACAGCAUGCCUGGGGCUGCAACAUACUCGAGCCUUUGUCCCUCUCGGGUUCCAGCAAUCAGGGAAGAAUAGGCGCCUUUGGAGCGACGAUCAUCGACUCCCUCACGACGAUGAUCGUUAUGGACAUCCACGUCGAAGACAAGCACAGUCACCUCUUUGCCCGGGCGCUCAACUUCACCCAGCAUCUCGACUUUACUCGCACAAAGGGUGGUGACAGGUGCACAGGCUGCAUCUCCGUCUUUGAGGCUACCAUUCGGUACAUUGGCUCCCUUCUAUCGACGUGGGAGCUCUUGGAACUACCGCCCAAGCAUCACUGGCUGGUGGAGCAGGCAGAGCGCAUCGCCCAGUCCCUACUCCCCGGAUUUGUCUACGCAAUCCCUUACAACUAUGUCAACAUCAACAAGGGUCAGCCUCGGAACACUUUCGAGUCUGGCAGUCUGGCGGCAGCUGGUACAUUGCUGCUCGAAUGGUCUCGUUUGUCGACUCAUACUGGCAACAGGACAUAUGUCGAUAAGGUCCGGGCUACGCAGAGGGCACUGAUGCAGGCAGGAGAUGUCCUCCCAGGUCUCGUCGGCAGCAACGUCUAUGCUGUGAGCGGCAAGGUGAGCGGCAAAGCGGGCACGCUGGUGACUUACGGGCCGGGUGGUGACAGCUACUAUGAGUACAUUGCCAAAGCUCUGUUCCUUGGAGAUACUUCUAUUGACAACGAGGCCUAUCUCAGCACCUUCAACACAGCGUGGAUGUCUACCAGAGAACAUCUCAUUACGAAGAGCGGGGGCAGUAAGAAGAAUCUCACCUUCCUUGCCGACUACACAGCCUCAUCUGGUCCCAUCUAUAGGCAAUCGCAAUUGUCGUGUUUUGCUGGCUCGCUCUUUGCCCUCAUGGGUCGCCAUCUGACUGAGCCAGCGAUGACCACUGCAGGUCUGGAGUUGACUGAGUCAUGUGCCGAGACGUUCCUCGCGACUGCCUCAGGUCUUGGCCCGCAGGAGUGGCGGUAUCGAAGUCAAGAGGGGAAGGGAAGUGUAAAGGAUCAAAGGGCAUACGAACGCAACGGAUUCGAGGCGAUAUCAAAAGGCUACUACCAUGGCCCAGAGGCCAUCGAAUCCAUAUUCUAUGCCUGGCGUAUCACCGGUGAUCAGAUGUGGCGUGAUAUAGCCUGGACCAUCUUCCAGUCUCUCUCCGACGUACUGGAGACUGGAUCAGGGUGGGCCUCGCUGUGCGACGUAAACGCAAGACCGUCCGGCGAGGGGCAAGGCAGAUGGGCCGCGGCGUGGGAGAAUGAGCAGGGCAGCUUCCUCUACGCUGAAGUCUUCAAGUAUCUUUACCUCACAUUCACCUCCCCUAGCUAUUAUUCCCUCGAUGAAUGGGUCUUCAACACCGAGGCUCACCCACUAAGGCGGCAAGACGCCGACGAGCCAAAGAUUCAGGCUGAUUCAAAGGCAGGGCCAUUGUAAGUGACCGGACGUCUUUUUCGCAAGGACUGACACUGACAAUAGCGCAUGUGUCGCGACUCCUUUUGUGACUAGUCCAUACGUCCCUAUCGUCGACCGGGACCUGUCACAGAGACAUCUAGGUUCUCGCACUCGAUCUGCCGCUCCUCCAAUGCCAGUAGGCUAUUGAUAGAGGAGCCUCUGAUGGGGUUUGGCAGGGUCUUCAUGCUGUGUCGUCGCACAAUGCUCCGUUUCUCACGCGGCUCUCUAUUUGCUGAAUACGUUGAUUUCGGUGAUCACAUGAGAGUGCAAAGGCACGUGCGAGCAUAUAGCGCAAAGACUCAGGCUCGCU